AUGUCUGCAGAACCUGGUAUGCCUAAAAGGCGCUGUGUCAGCACAGCCUGCAUCGCCUGUCGUAGGCGAAAAUCUAAGUGUGAUGGGAAUCUCCCCAGUUGUGCUGCAUGCUCCUCAGUCUACCAUACGCCAUGUGUCUAUGACCCAAACUCUGAUCACCGACGCAAAGGCGUUUAUAAGAAGGACGCCGAUACUUUACGAACUAAACACACCACGCUACAAACCCUGAUUCAAGCCUUGUUGAACUAUGAUGAAGAAGACGCAUUUGAACUUGUGCGCCAAAUCAGAUCUUGUGAUGACCUCGAAGAUGUCGCCCAAUCUGUCCUCACACGAGAUAGAGGGCUCCCAGCACCAACGAUAGAAGCUGUGGGGGAAAUGACCCAACAUGAGAACGCGGCUGAAGUCGAUCAAUUUGAAUCCGAACUAUCGGGUAGAAUGAGCGAACUCCUACUCGACGGUUCUCGAAAGUUCAUUGGCGGCACGUCCAAUCUCAUCUUCCUUCCACCUGGCUCGGAAUUACACGAGUUCACCACUACUCAAGAAGCCCCAAUUGUUCCGGUUACCAAUGAUAUGCUACCCGUGCGACGUUGGACACAGGCUACGGAAGAUGACUCGCUCGUUAGUCAUCUCUUGACGAUGUAUUUCACAUGGCACUACCCAUUCUUCACAAUCCUGGCUAAGGACAUGUUCUAUCGGGAUUAUGUUCGUGGUGUGUCGAGUCCCUAUUGCUCGGCCUUGCUGGUCAACGCCAUGCUAGCCCUGGGGUGUCAUUUCACUACAUGGCGGGGAGCCUUUUCUGAUCCUAACAAUCUUGCAACUGCUGGUGAUCAUUUCUUUAAAGAAGCUAAGCGAAUGGUUCUCGAGAAUGAUGAACAUGAAAAUGCAAAGCUUUGUACAGUUCAGGCAUUUGCUCUCAUGUCUGUGCGCGAGGCUGGAUGUGGUCGUGAAGGCAAAGGCUGGGUUUAUAGCGGGCUCAGCUUCCGCAUGGCCUUUGAUCUUGGCUUGAACGUCGAUGCUGCAACCCCUGGCUCACACAACUUGACCGAAGAAGAGAUUGAUGCAAGGCGGAUCACCUUCUGGGGCUGCUACCUCAUUGAUAAGUGCUGGUCAAAUUACCUUGGACGGCAGCCCCAGCUAUCCUCGUCCAACACAAAUAUACCCAAAUUUGAGGUCUUCCCAAGCGAGGAAACAGAACUUUGGGCGCCAUAUACAGACGCAGGUGCAGGCCAAGACCAUAGUCAACCUUCGCGGACUCGAGCUGUUGCGCUACAAAUAUCGAUCCUCUGUCAGAUCAGUGGCGAUCUUCUUGCAUUUUUCUACCACCCGUCGGAGCUAGAGAAGUUACAACCAAAACAAUCGGAGUUGAAAAAGCUUAGCGAUGUUCAUACUCGACUUGAAGCCUGGAAAAAGCAGUUACCACGAGAAUUCGAGCCGAAGGAAGGACAGCUCCCCCAAGUCCUAGUCAUGCAGUACGUCUACCAGAGCCUUGCUUCCUCUAAACUUAAUACUCACAGUUCUACUAGCAUGUUCAACCAACUACUACUCAUUCACCUUUAUCGUCCAUUCUUAAAAUACACCAAGACGAAUACACCCCUGCCUUCACAUGUUUCGCCACGCAAGAUCUGCACACAGGCAGCAUCGGCGAUAUCUAAACUUCUGCGGAUGUACAAGCGCACUUAUGGUCUGAAGCAGAUUUGUAACGUUGUCGUUUACAUUGCUCAUACUGCUUGUACCAUUCACCUUCUGAAUCUUCCCGAGAAAAAUGCUCAACGAGACAUCGUUCAUGGGCUGAGAAACCUCGAGGAAAUGGCCGAAUGUUGGCUGUGUGCGCGUCGGACAUUGCGCAUCCUCGACAUCUCCGCCAACAAGUGGCACGUCCCGCUCCCUAUCGAAGCCAGUGCUGUUUUCGAACGAACUCAUACCAAGUGGGGGUCUUGGGGGCUUUGGGACCAAGCUACCUCACCUACGUCCGUAUCAGAUGAAUCUCCGGCAACCUCUUUCAGCAACCUUAGCCCCUCCGUCAACAGCCCAGGGCGCUUCUCGCCUGGGGACAACAAGGCUCCUGCGGUACAGCGCCCGGAACCAGCUACAACCAACACAGCGACUUUGUCGAGGGUUUCCAUGGCCCCUCAAUACCCUCCCGCGACCACCAUGCCACCUUCAGUUCCACCAAUGCGUGUAGCACGCCGGUACCUACUGGGUUUGCAGGUUCAAAUCCAUCCGCUCCUCCCAUCCCAGGCGAUUGGUACGAUGCAAGCGGAACCCAUGCAGAGACACAACCUACCCCAUCCAGCCUGUCAUCUGUGGCUAAUUUUGGGGGGGCCCGAAAGCCUGGUCAGGGAGAGUCAAGGUUGGUGGUCUCGCAAUGCUACCGCUAUGGACAUUGGUGUGGAAAACUGGAGUCCUUGGAGUCCUGAAAUCUCGGCUCCAGUACCUCACCUUCAGUACGGCAAUGGCCAUGUCAACCUUGUGGCUAUGGCGCCGCAGCCUAACACUGCAAACGGUCACCAAAACCAAGCCGAGGCAUCCACGGGGAUGCACAGUGCCAGUCUGUCGCCAGAGAAUGGCACACCCAAAUUUGACGGACCGUGGUCAUGA